AUGACCGUCUCACAGGACACUGAUGAAAUCUCGGGCUCAACACAGCGACCAGCAAUGCCACCAUCCCACCUCUUCGACAUCCUCCCAGCCCUGCACGAGAUCCUGUCCCGCAUCGACCAUACUCCUUCUGCACCCGAUCCUACCGAGCACGACAACGCAGACCUAGGCACGGCAUACACCAAUCUGCACCCACUCGACCCUAAAGAAUUGUCCACCGCCAUCCUACCACUCAAAGCCCAGAUCCGUCGAGGUCAGCGAGAAUUGGAGAAGCUGCCGGAUAUGGAGCGCACUGUUGCCGAGCAGGAGGAAGAGAUCAUGGAGCUUGAGAGUAGAAUACGUAGACAGGAGACCGUACUGGCUGGGCUAGACGAUAUGACUGCUCGAGACAGCACAACAGGUAUCAAGGAUGAUGCUUUCACAACGGCACAAGCCCUGAGCAGAAAUGUACCACAGAAAGGCAAGGGCGAGGCCGUGGUGGCAGCCUGA